GGGAGACCGGAUAUAGUGAAUGCGGGGUCCGGGGAGAGCGGAUAUAGUGAAUGCAGGGAGACCGGAUAUAGUGAAUGUGGGUCCGGGGAGAGCGGAUAUAGUGAAUGCAGGGUCCGGGGAGAGUGGAUAUAGUGAAUGCGGGGUCCCGGGGAGAGCGGAUAUAGUGAAUGCGGGGUCCGGAGAGAGCGGAUAUAGUGAAUGCGGGGUCCGGAGAGAGCGGAUAUAGUGAAUGCAGGGUCCAAGGAGACCGGAUAUAGUGAAUGCAGGGUCCAGGGAGAGCGGAUAUAGUGAAUGCAGGGUCCGGAGAGCGGAUAUAGUGAAUGCAGGGUCCGGUGAGAGCGGAUAUAGUGAAUGCAGGGUUCAGGGAGACCGGAUAUAGUGAAUGUGGGGUCCGGGGAGAGCGGAUAUAGUGAAUGCAAGGUCCGAGGAGAGCAGAUAU